AUGCGUUAUGUCACAACAUUCUCCACAGAGAUAUUUUCUCUGCUCAACAGCAUCAUCUACUUUCACAAGGCUGUACAAGAGCUGCAGCGGGCCCAAAGGGACUUGUCGUUUGCUGCUUUCCUAUACUCCGUCAUCGGAGCCAUCGGCACAUUCAUCGUCGCAGUCUUUCUGUCGUCCGCAGAGAGUUGGAAGCCGCUGUUCCACCGGUACAUCCGCAUGGGGCUCCGAGAGUAUGCAGCGGCCAUCAGCAUCAUCAUAUUCAUCGGGCUGCCCCAUGUUGGCCAACUAGCGAGUCUAGACAAGGAAACACUUCACGUCACCAAUUCGUUCCGGCCUACAAGUCCUGAUCGGACCGUAUUUUUCGUUCAAUUCUGGCGUUUGCCCAUCACCUGGGUCUUCGCAGCACUUGUACCGGGCUUCAUCAUCACCGUUCUGUUCUUCUUUGAUCAUGAGGUCAGCAGUAUCAUUUGCACGAUCGACCGCUAUGGUACUCGAAAGCCUGGUGGCUUCGCAUGGGAUAUAGUGCUGCUGGGUACAACCACCGCAUUGUGUGGCAUAUUAGGCAUUCCUCCAGCCAACGGACUGCUGCCUCAAGCUCCGCUUCACUCGGAGAGCCUGAUGCACGACGAAAGGGAGAACAUCUCGACCGUAGGACAAGGCGGCGAACCAGUAGUGCAGACCGGAGUCUCGCGCCGUGUCUACGAACAACGUUGGAGUCAUUUCCUACAUGCGUGCGGCAUCCUUUGCUUCGUAAGCCCGCCAUUUAUGCACGUCCUAGGUCUUACGCCAACGAGCGUCUUGGCCGGCUUGUUCCUCUUCAUGGGCGAGCAGAGCCUUUCAGUCAAUCCUAUUCUAUACCGAACGUUUUACCUCUUAACCCCUCCUGCUGAGCUGCCAAAGCUUCCAAGGAGCGUCACGAACUACUUGCCCAUCCAUGCGUAUACAGUAACGCAGAUCUUGGUCACUGCAGGUAUCUUCAUCAUGACUCUGACUGUAGCCGGACCUGCGUUUCCGAUAAUCAUCAUCGCGCUGGUCCCCGUUCGGCUACUCUUGAUGAACAAGAUCUGGAACCGAGAAACUCUCCGAUUCGUCGAUGCUUGGGCCUGUCGGGAUGGUACGCCGGAAGACGACGAGGACCGCCGGCGUGGAAGGGAGAAGACUAGUCCAAGAGUCGGUGCAGCAGAUAUUGAAGGUGGCGUUGUCUCGAUUGAAAUGACUGCCUCUCGUGGUGAUAGGCAGUUCGCCCGGUCGCCGGAGGCUAGCUAA